AUGGGAAUAAAGGACUUGAACAAGGUUAUCACGGAGAAUGCGGAGAAGGGCACCAAAGAGGCUGAGAUCAAAGCGUUUUUGGGCAGGAAGGUGGCUGUUGAUGCCUCCAUGAGUUUAUAUCAAUUUCUGAUAGCAAUUCGCCAGGAUAACUCACAGUUGACCAAUGAGCAAGGAGAAACUACAUCGUAAGUUGAAUUAGUAUUCUUGUUGUUUGCUUUUAGGUACUGACGAACGUGAUUUGAUGAAAAUUAUUUUGACAUGGGCUGGGAUUGGAGGUCUUUAUAUUUUUGUGCAUUUCAAGGUGAUUAGAUCUGAAAUGACUUGAUAGAUUUGAUUGUAUCAGGCAAUGAGACUGUUGGCAAGCUUAGAAGCUACUUCUUGAGUCCGUCUAAGAGUUUUGCGGUUUAUAUCAGCCAUUUAUGUUAUUGUUUCUUUAAUUGUGUAAAAGCUAUGAAAAUAACUGUUGUAAUAAAUCUUGAUAGACCUAUGAAUUGUUUUAAAAGCUAGCCUAACUCUUUUAAGCCCCAGCCCAACCUUUGUGACAUCUAAUUUUAUCUUUCUUUUGACUACUUUUACAAAAUUCGUUCUUCAUACCUAGUGCAAUAUAAAUUGUUGAUUUUUGUAUGCCUUAUUGUGAAUAAGCUUGCUUAAUUAGAGAUUUAAGGUCUUUAUAGGUUUCUGUAGCUCAUCAACACUCAUAAAUUUCGUUUUCAGCCACCUAAACGGUAUGUUUUACCGGACGAUUCGAAUGAUGGAGAAUGGAAUCAAACCAGUCUAUGUUUUCGACGGAAAACCCCCAGAACUCAAGUCCGGUGAGCUGGAGAAGCGCACAGAACGCCGUGAUGAGGCUCAGAAACAACUGGACGAAGCCUUGGAGAAGCAGGACACCGAGAUGAUCGAGAAAUUCCAACGCCGACUGGUGAAGGUGACCAAGGAACAGAACGAGCAAUGCAAACGCCUGCUCAGAGCGAUGGGUGUGCCUGUAGUUGAGGCCCCGUGCGAGGCCGAGGCACAAUGUGCUGAGCUGGCGAAGAAGGGCAAAGUUUACGCGACCGCCACGGAGGAUAUGGAUGCGCUGACCUUUGGCUCUACUGUUUUAUUGAGACAUCUGACCUUCAGUGAAGCCAAAAAGAUACCAAUCAAGGUGGGAAUAGAGAGAUACUAGCUCAUUCUAUGUAUUUCUACAAAAAAUUCUUCUAAAUCAUUCAAAAAACACGUUUUUUCAUCAAAAUUCACCUUUUUUGUCAUGGAUAAUAUAUUUUUUUUGCGUAUUUUUAGGAAUACAACCUGAGCCGCAUUCUGGAAUGUCUCGAAUUGACUAACGAACAAUUUAUUGAUCUCUGUAUUUUACUUGGAUGUGAUUAUUGCCCCUCAAUCAAGGGAAUCGGCCCCAAAAAAGCUUAUGAAUACAUAAAAACCUAUGGAACCAUCGAAAAUUUGUUGGAAAAUCUUGAUACAAAGGUGAGUUGGGGAUUUUUAAAAACUUUUUUGGUGAUUUCCAGCUUGGUUUUGUUAAGUUUUGGUCAAAUUUUUAGGUUUAUUACCUAAAAUAAUAUAAUUUUUUGAAGUUUUGAAGAAAAUGUGGAUUUUUUUUAGAAAUACCCGCCUCCAGAGGACUGGAAAUUCGCCGAAGCUCGUCAAUUAUUCUUGUCUCCGGACGUCAUCGAUGGGGACACUGUAAAUUUGGUCUGGAAGGAUCAUGAUGAAGAUGAAAUUAUCAAAAUUAUGUGCACGAAAAAUCAAUUCAAGUAAGUUUUUAUUUUUUUCUGUGAAUUUAGAGCCUGUAAUGUCGAGUUGAACUAGUUUAGGGGGAUUUGAAAAUAUUUUCGAAACAUUUUUAUAUUAUUUUAGGUAACAAUUUGCCAAAAAUGUCGUUUUUUUGUUCAAUUUUUCCAAUUUUUUUAUAAAACUUUAUGUACAAUAGAAUUAACAACACAUUUUCAGCGAAGACCGAAUCCGCAGCGCCUUGGACAGACUGAAGAAGACCCGAGUGACCGCCCAACAAGUCCGAAUCGACUCUUUCUUCACUUCUCUCGGCCAAAAAACCUCGGAACCGUCGGCGAAGAAACGCAAAGAAGCCGAGGAAAAGAACAAAGCCAUCAAAAAGAAGGGCGGAGUUUACAAAAAGAAGAAGUGA